CUUCUUCGUUUUAUCUCUCGUGUCUUCUUAACAUUUUUGCCAUUUCAUCGUAAAGAAGAAGAAGAGAUAAAGAAGAAAGAGAAAGAUUUAAGAAGAAGAAGAAGAAGAAGGGAUAAGGAAGAAAGAGAAAGAUUUAAGAAGAAGAAGAAUCACGACGUCGAUGUCACGGCGGAAAAAGAGCGAGUUCCUUCGCGAGAAAGAGAGGGAUAACGUUGUUGCGUCAUGAUCGUAAUCGACGAGAGGCGUGACAUCAGUAAAAAAUUAUAAUAAUAAUAAUAAUAAUAAUAGUAAUAAUAAUACAUCGUACACGUAUACGAAGCGACACGUGAAGCAAAAGAAAAGAAGAAGAAGAAGAAGAAAAAAUUAGGACAAGAGAGAUUUAUAGAGGAGAAAAACGAUCAACUAGAGAAAGAAAGGAAAGAAAGAAGGAAGGAAGGAAAUAAAUAAAGAAAAAAAAGUAGUAAUAGUAGAAAUAGAAUGACUCGAUUAUUAAUAAAUUAAUUCGUUAUAGAGUGCAAUUAAUUAUUCGAUUUUACCGGCCAUCUGUCUGCUCAGUGACGUAUCUACAAGAUUAAAGAGUUCUAAUAUCGAGUAAUGAAAAUAUAACGAAGGAAGAUAAUUAUAGAGAGAUAAAUAGAUAGAUAAAUAAAUAAAUAAAUAGAUAAAUAGAUAGAUAGAGAGAGACAGAGACAGAGAGAGAAAAAGAGACAAGAGAAGAGCCAAGAGGAAGAAAAAAAGAAAAAAAAAAGAGUCAAAAGGAGUUCGAAUUGGCGAAAUAUGUUGAAGAGAAGGGGAGCAUCGAACAAAAUGAAAAAUCCGGAACACGAGAGUGGUUAUUUCGAAGAUGGUAGUGAUGGGAGCGAUGUUGAGGUUAACGUUGAGGAAACGAUAGUAGAUGAAGACAGGAAAUGCGGUUCUGCUUGUUACGGCCUUACCAAGGCCAUCCACAGCCUCGACGUCAGGGACUCUCAUGAACACCUUGCCAAUGGCUACGAAGACCGAUCGAACGGGGUGAAUCUCGAAGACAGUGGUGGUCAAAGAGUGGAUAUGUCUCAUUUCGACUUAUUGAAGGUCCUGGGAACCGGAGCUUACGGUAAAGUGUUUCUGGUACGGAAAAGAAUGGGAACCGAUGCUGGUCGUCUUUAUGCCAUGAAGGUCUUGAAGAAAGCCUCGAUCGUACAAAAGAAAAAAACAACCGAACAUACGAAGACCGAGAGGCAAGUUCUCGAAGCUGUUAGGGACAGUCCUUUUUUAGUAACGCUCCAUUAUGCUUUUCAAACUGACGCCAAAUUACAUUUAAUUUUAGAUUAUGUUAGUGGAGGCGAAUUGUUCACUCAUUUAUAUCAACGAGAACAUUUUACCGAAGACGAAGUAAGGAUUUAUAUCGGCGAAGUAAUAUUGGCUUUGGAACGUUUGCACAAGUUGGGUAUCAUAUACAGAGACAUCAAACUGGAAAACAUAUUACUCGAUAGGGAAGGACAUAUAGUCCUUACAGACUUUGGAUUGAGUAAAGAAUUCUUACCGCAUGAAAGAGAUAGCAACGCACGAGCAUACUCGUUUUGCGGUACUAUCGAGUACAUGGCACCGGAAGUGGUACGAGGGGGCUCCGCAGGCCACGAUAUUGCUGUGGAUUGGUGGAGUGUGGGCGUGCUAACUUACGAGCUUCUCACUGGCGCCUCUCCUUUUACGGUCGAGGGAGAGAAAAAUACACAGCAGGAGAUCUCGAGGAGAAUAUUAAAGACCGAGCCACCGAUACCAAGCCAUCUUAAUCCAACAGUAAGAAACUUUAUCUCGCGUUUGUUGGUGAAGGAUCCACGUCAAAGACUAGGCGGUGGACCGCGCGAUGCCAAGGAAUUGAAGGAACAUCCAUUCUUUAAAAAGGCACCGCCACCUUUCACCUGGGAUGCUUUAGAAAAACGACAGAUAGCACCGCCAUUUGUGCCACGUAUAACGCACGAACUUGACACCAGUAAUUUCUCGGACGAAUUUACAAAAAUGGUCGCUGCUGAUAGUCCAGCAGUUGUACCGCCUAAUCACGAUAAAAUUUUUCGGGGUUACUCUUACGUGGCACCAUCAAUAUUAUUCAGCGAGAACGUAGUAAGCAGAGAUAUCUUCUUAGAGGAAACAGAAGCUACUACAGAAUCUCAAAGGCCAUCGGCAUCGGACGUUUUAGCGGCACGAUUCGAAGAGUCAACGUUCUUUCAGACGUAUGAGCUUGAUCUACGAGAGGAAGCAUUAGGCGAUGGAAGUUUUUCGGUAUGUCGUAAAUGUCGGCACAGAAAAACGGCUCAGGAAUUUGCUGUGAAGAUCGUUAGCAGGCGUAUGGAUUGUGGUAGGGAAGCUAGCUUGCUACGUAGUUGCCAAGGCCAUCCAAACGUGGUCAAGUUGCUCGAGGUACAUCAAGAUAGAGCGCAUACAUAUCUAGUGAUGGAAUUACUCUCGGGAGGUGAAUUGUUGAGAAGACCAAGGCCAUUCACCGAGCAACAGGCAAGUCGUGUUAUGAGGCAAUUGGCGUCCGCGGUACGUUUCAUGCACGCUCGUGGCGUUGUCCAUAGAGAUCUUAAACCAGAAAAUAUUGUCUUCGUUCACGAAGGCGAAGAUUCGCCGGUCAAGAUCGUUGACUUUGGUUUCGCUAGGAUAAAACGUGGCUGCGAACCAUUACACACACCUUGUUUUACCCUACCUUAUGCAGCACCAGAAGUGAUUGCCAGACAGGGAUACGAUCAGAGUUGCGAUUUAUGGAGUUUAGGUGCAAUAUUGUAUUCCAUAUUAUUCCGUAAUGCAACAAUAUUUGUAAAUGGCUCGCCAGAUCUGGCAUCGCGCAUUAGAUCAGGCGAAAUUAAUUUCGAUUCUAACAGUUGGUGUCAUAUAUCACCUUUGGCCAAGCAAGUGGUAAAAGGUUUAUUGACGGUCGAUCCAAACAAAAGACUCACCGCUAUGGCACUUGCCAAUCAUCCUUGGUUAAUAGAAUCAACUAACACGACCGAUCCAAACGUAUCAGACACUACUACAUCGUGUCUUCCUACAUCAUCGUCGGAUAGACUCGAAGGUUUUCGUUUACGAGAAGUGGAUGGAGCUAAAUUAGCUCAAAGACGUAAAUUACACAAACGUUCGACUUCUAGUUCAGUAUCUUCCUCGGCAUCGACAACUUCCUCUACCCUUUCUGUUCCAUUGGUACGACCAUCCAGCACGAGUACCAACGUAACCACUUCUGCAUCACCUGCUCAACCUAUUGCCUUUGACUUUGGAGAGGAGAAAGUAAACGAAUAUUUGAGUUCGUUGUCGUCUUCCUCCGACUCCAAUUCUCCAAAGAUAAAUAAUCAUCGACAUCCGGAAGGAAAGUCAAAACGACGCAAACGUGAUAUGACCGACGACAAUCCUUAUCAACAAGGAUGUUCAAAAACUAAACGACAUAAACGACACAACGAUUUAGACGGCGAAUCAUCCUAUCAAAGUAAUAAUAAUAGAAAUGGACCGGUUACAAGAUCGAGAAAACGAAAAUUAGAACAAAAUGUAUGUAAUUCAGACAGCUCAAUGGAAUCAUAUGGAUCCUCCUCUUAUACCGACAAAAAAGAAGUUAAUGUUCAUCGAAAACAAAAAGCUGGUAAACGGCCCAAACGCUUUACUACGAUCACAGUGGAGUAAUGUUUCCUACAUCGUGUCUCGGAGGUAGUCUUAUUCUCACUUAGUUUCCUAUGCAUUUUACAAUAAAGUAAUAGCGCGCUGCCUUUUGGGAAUUACGUACAAGAUAUUAUAAAUGUUACAUCAUUCCUAAUGCGUGAGAGACAGGUCUUUUAGACUAUUGUAAAUAUGUUUCAUUUUAUGCCAUGUUUUUUAGAAUAACCAAGAGAUAAUAUACGUUCUUGCUAAGGAUUUUUUGUAUAAAAAAAGGAUUGCAAAAGGGAAAGGGGGAUAUUAUCAUUGUAUCUUUAUGGUCAGGGUCAAAUCAUUUCGUUUCUGUUAGAUUAACACAAUAGUUAUCAGAUCCCUGCUGUUUUUAUUAUUUCGAUUUAAAUUUUGUUAGCAAAAAAAAAAAAA